AUGGAAUUCUCAAAGAAAGGGCAGGCACCCAUGCCAAACAACAUCGGACUACAACCACUGCCCUCUUCAAAUGUCCAAUCUAAUCAAAUAGAGUAUCCAUCUAUGUUUUAUCCAUCAUCAUUGCCUGGUGACUGGAGUUUAUAUAUGGGAACCUCAGUACCAGUUAGCUCAUAUUAUAUUGUCCCCGUGAAUCAGCAAUCAGUCCAGCUAGGUGCUUCGAGGCCAGAGGUUUCAUGUCCGGCACAACCUUUGCUAAGUAGGGUAUCAUUGAGGCCACCCCAGCAGGUGCUAAAUAUUCAAACAUCUUUUCCAGCAAUGGCUAGAUUACAAUCCUCACCAUCUAUGGCAGGCAGGAAAUCACAACAGAAAGUUGCUUGUCCAAAGGUUCAAAUGCUGAAAUCUCUAUCAUUCCAGUCAUCUAAUAAGCGGUCUGCACAGAAGGAGCCAACGUCAAAGGUCCAGCAUCAUCAACUUGAAUCUGUUAGGUCCAAGUUCAGGGAGUCACUUAUUGCUGCGCUGAGUUUGGAUUCGGAUCAGCAGAAUAGGAGUCAAUCUCCUGAUAAUGUGCAGUCUGAUGGUUCUACAGAUAAAUUCAAACCGGCAGCAGGAGAUGUGGUACAGGAUUUAGUGGCAAACACAUCAAAAGAUGUGUGCACAACCAAUUCAGGUAUAGCCACAACUGUAGCUCCUAGUAGAUGUGAGGAAAAUGAGAAGUUAAUCAGUGAUUUAGCUUCACAGAUGACCAUGAGUAUCAAUGAUGGCAUGCAGCAACCGUCAAAUCAGGUUUCUUCAGAAGACGACUUAUUAGGUCAGUGUAUGGUUGCAGAAGAACUUUUGCAAGGUCACGGGCUUAGUUGGGUUUCUGAUCAUGUUGUUGGGAUUUCUAAACCUAACGCAGAACCUAAUGAUUUAAAAAGUCUGCGAACUUCUGAUGUGGAGUCUGAGUCAAAAAGAAUGAAGUCUGCUAAUGAAUUAGCAAUGGAUGAGGAGAAAUUUAAUCAAAGGCCUGAAAGUUUGGCGUUUAGAAUUGAAGAGGAGCCGUUCAAAUUGUUUCGUGGGGUAAAUAAGAAGUACAAGGAAAAGGGCAGAUCUCUUUUGUUUAAUUUGAAAGACAAAAGCAACCCUGAGCUAAGAGAGAGGGUUUCGUCUGGAGAUAUUGCGCCUGAACGCCUUUGUUCAAUGACUACAGCCUCCAAAGAACUCUCAGAGUGGCGGCUGGCUAAAGUUGAGGAGUUUGCACAGAUGGUUGUCCUUCCGAAUAUGGAGGUUGACCCAAGGAGUUUGGUUAGAAAAACUCACAAGGGAGAGUUCCAAGUUGAAGUCGAAGAACCAGAUGGAACUGAAAUGUAUAUUUAUAAUAAAUUAAUUUAA